AUGCUGCCCAGGCCCUUCUGCUACUCCCGUUUGUCCUCUUCCACCCCGAUUCCUCUUGCGUGCCGCUUUGCCGCAGGGCCCUUCAAAAGCGCGACCGACCCCUCCCGAGCGGCCGGGGAAGCCAUGCCGGACCGCAGGCUCUCUCUCCAGCUGCAGCCCCCCGGGCGUUCCCCACUGCCCCGGGCCCCCUCGACGCCCUCGGGUCCAGGCCGGGGUCGCAGAGCGGAGGCGGGGGCCCGAACCGUCGCUUCGCCCGGGACUUCUCGAGCUUGCGGACGGGGGUCCGCACCACCCGCCGCUCCCCACCUCAGCGUUGCCCGCACGGGGCUACCCCACGGGGGGCGCCGCGGCGACGGCCCCACGGCGCGAAGCGGCCCCGCGCCCGCCGGGCGGCGGCGGCUGCCGGUCUGGGCGGCCGCGGCGCGGCGGUGCCCGGCGCGGGGCCGGGCCGGGCCGGGGCCGGGCGGGGGCGGAGGGCAGCGCGGGGCCGGUCGGCGGCACGGCGCGGCGCGGCUCCCGCGCUGGGCCAGACUCAGCCCCUUUCUCCCGCCGCCGCUGGCUGCGAGCGCGCUGCGGCUGGAGCUGCCCCCAGAGCGGCUUCGUGAUGGCGGCGGCGCGGGCUCGGCAGCGGGAGGCGCCCGCCCAGCCCUGCGCGCCGCGCCGCUAGCGGCAGCGCCCGUGCCCGCGGCGGCCGCCCCGGCCCAUGCCCCCGGGGGGAAGGGGGGCUGCAGCAGCCCGGCGAGCCGCCCACCCGCGCAGCGGGGGCAUCGCCCCCACUCGCCGCUCCUGGGAAGGCGGAAAGGAGGCAGCGGCGGCGCCGGCAUUGUGCGCGGCAGAUCGCAGGCCCCGGCGGCGCGGGGCUCGCCUGCCUCCCGCCCCAGCCUCAUGAACCAGCCGGACGGCUCCGCUGCGGCGGCGGCGACGGGAGCGCAGGUACGCGGCGGCCGGGCGGCGUGUCCCCCUGGGGGAGGCGGAGGGAGCGGGGAGGAAGGGAGGGAGGGCGGCAGCCGCAGCCGCCCCGUCGCGGAGCCCCGCCGGCGGCGCUUUGGCGCAGUGCGCGGGGGGCGCCGCCGGGGCACGGCUCCCCUGGACCCGCCGCGGCCCGCGGCCGGACCCGCCGCCUGGCCCCGCAGCAGGGCGGAAAACAAAGCGGCGCCCAUCAGCCAUGUCGGCGGGGACAAGUCGCCGGCCGCGGCCCGGCCCGGCCCGGCCCGGAGCCCGCACCCUGGCCCGACUGCCCCCGGCCCGGCCCGGCCCGGCCGGCCCAGCGCUGCGGGUGAUGCCGUCGACAGGAGCCCACGUCGGGCUGUCGAGAUGCUCAAGUCCGUCAAGGACCGACAGCGGUGCCAGCAACACCAGGGGACGGCACCGUGCUCUGUGGUGGAUCUCAGGGCCGAGGAGAGCAACAGCAGUGGGCGAAGGAGCUCUUCCAGCAGGGAGUGUCUGAAGAGGAGCCCGCGGAGCCCCAAAGCGGAGGGCUCGGAGUCGGUGACGUCUCAGUCGUCCCCCAGUGAAGAGGCUGGAAUGAUGACUGAGGUGAAAGUCAAAACAGAGGUACCAGAUGACUACAUUGAAGAGGUGAUCUGGCAGGACGACACCAAAGAUUCCAAGAAGAACAUCAAGGACGGGCAGGGAGAUGUUCCCGCGGAGAUCUGCGUGGUCAUAGGGGGGGUCCGCAACCAGCAGACGCUGGAUGGCAGAGUAGUGGAAGGUGGCUGUCCCGUGGGAUAUGCAGGAAAAGGCUCCUCAGAGAGCUGGACUUUUGACCAUGCAUUGAGAUACACAUCUGGGAUGUGGUCUUACGAGUGUGGAAUCUGUGGGAAGAAGUACAAAUACUACAACUGCUUCCAGACCCACGUGCGGGCACACAGAGACACUGAAGCUGCCUCAGGGGAAGGAGCCUCACAAGGCAACAAUUUUAGGUACACAUGUGACAUUUGUGGGAAAAAAUAUAAAUAUUAUAGCUGUUUCCAAGAGCACAGAGACCUGCAUGCCGUGGAUGUUUUUAGUGUGGAAGGGGCCCCAGAAAACCGGGCAGACCCCUAUGACCAGGCUGUCAUAGCAGCAGACGAGGUGAAGGAGGAGGAGCCGGAACCCUUCCAGAAGAUUGGUCCAAAAACUGGCAACUACACCUGUGAGUUCUGUGGCAAGCAGUACAAAUACUACACUCCCUACCAAGAGCAUGUGGCACUGCAUGCACCUAUCAAGUUCUCUCGAUCUCCACUCUUCGUGGCAGUGAAGACCCAGGGGAGCCAGUCCAGCAAGAAGCCUCCGGCCUCCAUCAACCGCUGCUCCGCACUGCUGCACCGCAGCCCUGCCGCCGGCCCCCCUGCCUCCCAGGCCCAGAUGUUCCGCGCCCCCAACUCUGCGUCCCCAGGAAGCAAGGCCAUCACAGCAGAAAGUGCUUUCAGCAGGAGAGUGGAAGGCAAAGUGCAAAACAACUUUGAAGAAGCCAACAGCAAUUCUCAGAACUCCAGUGCUGCUCACUCGGGGACAGAAAAACCUAAAGAAAAGAGAUGUAAGCAGAACCCAUCAGAGCCUUACACCUGUGGAGCUUGUGGAAUCCAGUUCCAGUUUUAUAACAAUCUCCUGGAGCACAUGCAGUCCCACGCAGCUGACAAUGAGAACAACGUUGCCUCUAGCCAGCCCAGGUCACCUCUAGCUGCUGUUGAAGAGAAGUGGAAACCUCAGCUCCAAAGAAAUAACACCAACAACACGCCGCCGAGUGGCUCGGUGGGGAACAGCACCAUCCCGGAGAAGGAGAGGCAGAACAUCGCCGAGAGGCUGCUCAGGGUGAUGUGCACCGACCUGGGGGCCCUCAGCGUGGUGAGCGGCAAGGAGUUCAUCAAGCUGGCACAGACCCUGGUGGACAGCGGCGCUCGCUACGGAGCCUUCUCCGUCACCGAGAUCCUGGGCAACUUCAACACACUGGCCCUGAAGCAUCUGCCUAGGAUGUACAACCAGGUGAAGGUGAAGGUCACCUGUGCCCUGGGCAGCAACGCCUGCCUGGGUAUCGGGGUCACCUGCCACUCGCAGAGCGUGGGCCCCGACUCCUGCUACAUCCUGACGGCCUACCAGGUGGAGGGCAACCACAUCAAGAGCUACGUGCUGGGCAUCAAGGGCGUGGAGCUGCGGGAGAGCGGCGACUUCAUCCCGCACUGGGUGCAGAACGUGCUGUCGGAGUUCGUCAUGUCGGAGAUCAGGACGGUCUACGUCACGGACUGCAGGGUCAACGCCUCGGCCUUCUCCAAGGCGGGCAUGUGCCUGCGCUGCUCCGCCUGCGCCCUCAACGCCGUGGUGCAGAGCGUGCUCAACAAGAGGACGCUGCAGGCCCGCAACAUGCUGGAGGUGAUCGAGCUCCUGAACGUCUGCGAGGACCUGGCGGGGUCCACAGGCCUCUCCAAGGAGACCUUCGGCUCCCUGGAGGAGACCUCUCCCCCGCCCUGCUGGAACUCGGUCACCGACUCCCUGCUGCUGGUCCAUGAGCGCUACGAGCAGAUCUGCGAGUUCUACAGCAGAGCCAAGAAGAUGAACCUCAUCCAGAACCUGAACAAGCACCUGCUGAGCAACCUGGCAGCCAUCCUGGCCCCGGUGAAGCAGGCGGUGAUCGAGCUGAGCAACGAGAGCAGGCCCACCCUGCAGCUGGUGCUGCCCACCUACGUCAAGCUGGAGAAGCUCUUCACCUCCAAGGCCAACGACGCCGGCGUGGUCAGCAAGCUCUGCCACCUCUUCUUGGAGGCGCUGAAGGAGAACUUCAAAGUGCAUUCGGCACACAAGGUGGCCAUGAUCCUGGACCCCCAGCAGAAGCUGCGGCCUGUGCCGCCCUACCAGCACGAGGAGAUCAUCGGCAAGGUCUGCGAGCUGAUCAACGAGGUGAAGGAGUCCUGGGUGGAGGAAACAGAGUUUGAGCCUUCAACCAAGAAGCCUCGGGCGGCAGGGGAGGCCACGGCAGCUCAGGAGGAAGAUUGGUUCGGGAAAAAUGAAGUCUACGAUUACUUGCAGGAACCUCUCUUCCAGGCCACCCCUGACCUGUUCCAGUACUGGUCGUGUGUGACCCAAAAGCACACGAAACUUGCCAAGCUGGCCUUUUGGCUCUUAGCAGUGCCUGCUGUGGGGGCCAGAAGUGAAUGUGUAAAUAUGUGUGAGCAGGCUCUCUUGAUCAAAAGGAGAAGGCUACUCAGUCCAGAAGACAUGAACAAACUCAUGUUUCUGAAGUCCAACAUGCUUUAA